UUCGUAUGAGGCCCCCUAGAAUAAGUCCCCAGCCAAAAAUAUAAAAAUAAAUUAGCCCCCGGGGGACUAAUUCGAGGAUUUACGGUACUGAAUAUCGACGGUAGCCUUACAGUGGCAAUCAAUCCCCGCAAAAAGAUACGGAACUGGUUUCCAGCACUCCAUAUAGCGGCGCAGGAGCAUUCACUUCAUCGCAGCAGCUUUACUUAUUCGAAAAUGGCGGCAAAAUCGGAACUGAGCACUGUCCCAGCAAAGAACCCAAGGCUAGAAGAGAUUAAAUGGAUGCUUCAGGAAAUGGAUUGUCCCUUCAUUGAAGAUGAUGAUGACAGUUGGGUGUUAAGUUUUUUUCAACCAUGUGAAGCAAGAAUGAGACUUCUCUCAUGGCUUAUUGAAAAAUUUGAUCCAAAGUUUGGAGAGAUUCUCUCUAAGCAGAUGCCUUCAGUAGACCAUCGGAUUGAAUCAAGAGUACAGAAGAUGCUGUUUAUUUGUAACCUGUUGGGUGUUUGUCGAGCCGAUGAUUUGGAACUUAUCAAGGGAACAGCAUCAAAAAAGAAACAGAUGAUAUUUUUGGAAAAUCUCUUAGAGCUUGUUUUAACAUCAGAUAAAGCUAAUUUUGUUGUCAGAAAGGAAAGAAGCAAUCCAGAUUUUAGCAGCACGUCUCAAAAUCAACUGCCGUCUGAAAGGGAAAUGUUUGAGAAGAGUUGCAGAUUCAUCGACAACCUGGUCAGACAAGAAGAUGUAACAGAGUUGUUUGCAUCAUCAGUCACUUUGUUUCCUCCAGACCUAGAGAAGGGUUUCACAGAAGAUGCAGAUAAGAAGAAGUACAGAUCAUCUGCUCCAGAUAAUUCAGUUUUAGAAGAGAUAAAAGCCAAGUUAACAGCAGACAUCGACAACACUAUGAAAGAGUAUAACCGCGUCAAGAAAAAGUUCCAGUGCAAUGAGCUUACUCAAAGUGAACUGGAUGGGUACUGCAAGAAAUUUUCGUUGACAAUAACUAUGCUGAACCAGCUCAUUAACAACUUUCUUCACUGCUACGAGAGCGAUUUGAGGCAUUGGUGCAAUCGCCCAAAAGUUAAAAAAUCGGGACUCGGGCCUGCUAGCAGAACGACAUUUGAAAUGCUUGCGAGUCAUGGCGAGUUGUUUGAGCAAAUGGAGUCACUUCGCUAUUCCCACUCAGCUUUGGAGAAUAAUAUUGCUAAAGAUAUUGGGAACAAGCAAACCGAUCCAGAUAUUGGCCAUGAUGCACUAAUGAAUCUUCGGCAAGUACUCGAUAUAUUGAGAGAUUCUCAAUCCAGGAUUGAUGACACUCUGUGAAAAAAGAUAUCUAACCUGGCAGUUUUUGUAAAAAAACAGUGUUAGAAGUUGAAAAAACUGACUGUGAUGGUCAAAUGUUAACAAGAAUUCUCAGGUAAUUCCAUAAAUUCUACUUUGUCUAUCUAGAAAUAAAAGCAUCCAAAACAGCUUUUUCUUGUUGUGAUGUUGUGUAUGUAAAAUUAUGAAUUCAUCAAGCAUUUGUAAUCAUUCAAGAUCUUUAUAGAUUUUUGCAAUCUAUGAAUGCAUUAAGAACAUACAGUUCUUUAUGUCAGCCUUGUUUGACAAUCAAAGAAGACAGACAUACCAUCAAUAGACAUAAGUCCACGAAGCUCUCUGUUGAUCAUAUCAGAGCGCCGUUCUAAAUCAUCUCCUUUCAUUCUGUACAAAGAAAUAAAACAGAAAAAUUCCAAAUACAGUCUAAAUUGCUCCUGGUAUUAUAUACUGCAUCCUUUUGGUUAAUUGAUGUCAAUAAAACAAACAAUCAGCAACAACAGGGGGUUAGCUUCUAUCAGAUAAAUAUAAAAGCUUGUAUGGCUCCUUGACCUAAAGCCACUUCUCCAAACACAAAGACCAUCCUUUCUCCCAUUAACAAUCAUCCUUCAACCAGAUACAUUUUUGCUAUCUACUCACAUUAAUGACAAUUCUUGCUGUCUUCUCAAGAGAUGAUUUUUCUUAUUGACCAGGCUAAACCAUUCUUGUAACAGGUCCUCUUCUUCCUCCUCUUCGCCUGAAUAAAAAUAUCGAGCUGGUCUCAAUCUUAAAGAGUCUUUAUCUUAAGUGUCCAAAGAUUUUUGGUCUUUUGGAUGAAAAGAAAACUUGCUUGUUAAACAGCAAAGAGCAUUACAAGCUUUCAAUUCUUACAUCUUUGCACAACAGCAAACAAUACGUUCGCUCUCUGCUCCUUGGUAGAGAGAUGAAUUUUCGAGAAAGAAAAAGUUCAUUGAACACUUAAAAAUAGCUAUGAAAGCUGAUUUGGUCUACAAAACCAAAAACAGGAUAUCCCUGACCUUCUUUGAUACUUUGUGCAUCAUUACUACUCGGGAAGGUAAUUGCAACACGGCCCCGGAAGCACCCUUAUCCCAUCCUUCAGCUCUCUAACAAGAACUGCCAACUCUAGACUUGAUAAGAAAUGAAAACAUGCAGUCUAGCAGGAAGCUACUUCUCUUGGCUUGAAGUGGUACUUAUAUUUAUCAAAUGAAGUAUUACAGGAGAACAAUAGUUUAAACCAAUACCCUCUU